AUGAGCAAAAAGAGAAGGUUGAAUAAAUUGAUUUCAAAAUGGAUUAAAAGCGACCUUCCCGACGAUCGCUCAUCGGUGCUUCUUUUAAGAGUCACAAGUGCUAAACCAUCUCCAAAACCACCCAGACGACCAUUUUCCCUACCAUUAGCUCUAGGAGUAGUAUCAACUUGUUCCAAGGUUCAACGAAGUUCUUCCGGCGCCUCAAACGGACGCCGAGUAUUGUCGUUUGGACGACGCGACUCUAUCAGGCUGGGAGUCAAAUGGGAGCGUCCAGGGUCGCGACAUGUCAAUUGCACCAACAACAACGCAGAAGACGACAUUCAUUGUGCCUCUCAAGCCGACGACAAACUUGUUGAAACCGGACACUAUCAAAAUGGACAACUUGGAGCAAAAAAUUCUCAUCAGUUAUCUAACAUAAGAUUUGAAAUAAGCCAACCUGAUAUCGAAAACCAAUCCCCAAAAUUCCAAGCAACUGUGAUAGAUACUGACCAAGAGACUAACACUAACGAUAUAAGAAAAAAUAUCAGUGAUAGAAGGUUAGAAUUCUUAGGUCAUGAGAGUAAGUCGCUCUUUUUGGUGUCACGAGUAAAAAUAGUGCUUUCAAGUACUCAGAAAAUACCAAAACCUGACAUCCCUUUAUCUGACAAAACUUUUGGUAAAUUCCUUGGCGUUGGUGAUGGUGCCUCGUUAGCCACAAUGGAAACGUCGGUGGAUUCUAUUGGAGCUUGUUCUAUUGACAUGGAAGGGUCUAGGGAACUAUCUGCAGAUUGGUCGGAAGCUGGUUCCACAGCAACACUGCGCGGCUCUAGAAUUACUACCGCAGAACGACAACAUCAUCAUUUGCCGUCAUAUUUGAGUUUAGCUUGUACAGUCAACGGAUAUUCCACAACGACCAACUACGAUUCAGUACGUCUUGCAAGGUCUCGAGAUGCUUCUCCACAUCGCAUCGAUUCAUCAGGAAGUCAUUUGAUAAUGGAUCAUUCCCAUCAAGGGACCUACGCAAUUACAAACAAUUUAUUAUCACCUCCAAACUUAGUGCCUCUACCUACUCCUAACGUUAAUAGCAAAAUCAUGACAGAUAACGCUCUAAGGACUCACCAUCGCCAAGAGUUUUACAGCUCUAGCAAAACGAUGACGUUCCUCACCAAAGAAUCUCAUCAAUACUCAAGCAAUAUUUAUAAUACGAAAGAUAAUACUGAUGGCUGUAUACAAAGAAAAUUAGUUUCGUACGAAAGCAAAAAUAUUUCUAGUUUAAACGACCAAAGCAAAUGCAUCAUCGAAAGUUCUACAGUGAACAAAGAGUACACCAAUGGCAAAGAAACCAAAUCAGUUAUUCAACAACGCGUGGAACGUUUGUACGGCCCUGGGGCUUUGGCGCAAGGAUUUUUUGUAUCAAGACGUCAAAAAUCACGCCUAUCGGAGUCUGAAGAAUCGAACAAAAGCUUAGAAAUGAGUAAACUCAACCAAACUUUGCCCGACAAGUUUUCAGAUGAAGAAAAUAUCGAACCGACAUCGAUAAAGCAAAGUACCAGCAGUCCUUCUUUGCCAGUAUUAAGGCACUUGAGGCCAGAGUUUCGAGCUCAACUACCAUUGGCCAGUCCUAGAAAGGUGGCGGAAGUACACAUGCAGAAGAGUAUAACAGUUCCUAAGUUGAAAGAUGAACUAGUGAAAGUGAAUGGAAAUUUGGAGGAAAUUUGUGAGAAAAACGGGGAGUUACCAGUUAUCAAACAGAAUGGAAGUAUUAUUGCUCAAGUGCCUAUUAAAGAAGAAUCAAUUGAAAAAGAUGGACACUAUUUCUUGAGAAUCCUAGAAGAACAGACCAGUAGGUUACUGGCCAUAGCAGAUAGAGUGGAAAGUGAAAUUGAAACUCCCAAUCUAACCGAAGAAGUAAUUGGAAAAUUAAGAUCUGCCGCUGGCAAAGCAAAACUUUUGGUUUCGCAAAAAAUGCAGCAAUUUAAAGGGCUAUGCGUUAAUAAUAUUAAUCAGAGUGGAGGUGAAGCUUUCCCAACUACCAACGAAGAUUUACAAGGAUUUUGGGACAUGGUCUUGUUACAAGUGAAUCAAGUUGAUGAGAUUUUUGAAGAGAUUAGCAAAUUGAAGGAUAAUAAUUGGAAAGAGGACACUGAAACAAAAGUAGAGAUCAAGUGCAAGAGCGCACCAAAGCAGCGCAAAAUAUUAUUGAAGGUAAAACCGUCAGCUGCCGCAGAGGAAGCUCGAAAACAGCGUGAAGAACAAAGAAGAAUGAUGAUUGAGGAGCGCAGGAAAGCUAUGAAAGCCGCACAACAACAACCUAGCCAGCCCAGUAUUGAAAUUUUCGUGCCCGAAUCUAGCUGAGACUUUGAUUAAAACGAUUUUCAAGAAUGAGACUAUGGAAGAUAAAAUUUAUACUGUGUUAACUAUUAUUAUUACUUAGUAUUAUCGCUUUGCACACCCCAGCAAUUUUCAAAAAUCAAGAAGGUAUGAUUUGUUACUGACAGUUCUGCCACUGUACGACUGAGCUCUUGAAAUAAUCUCUCUAUGUAUACACACUAUUCUAGAAAAAUCUUUAGCAACGUCAUUAAGUUUGCUUUAUUAAAAUAUUUUAAUUGUUCAUUAAGAAACGCCUUUUUUUUUUAAUUUAUGAACUCAAUAUUUAUUAACGCGUUAAGUUUGGUGAAAUGAGGUGGAAGCUUUGAAAAGAAAAUGUUCACAGAAUAACCUUUUAAAAAACUUGCUUAAAAUAUUUAAAAAAUAUAAUAAUAUAAUAUUCACAAUAAGAUAGAUGCCUAUUUUUCGAGUUCCGAGCUUAAUUUUGAAUUUGUGGAUGUGAGAAAAACAAAAAGAUUUUGAUUCCCAAUUGCCUUGCAUUGUUCUGAAAUAAAUUGUGAUUGUGUAAGAGUUUUAGCCUAAACAGGUAUGUUUGUAUGGUUUAUUAAAAGACUGAGUUUUUUUCAAGUGAAAUGCUAAUUUGUAACCAAAAAAAUACAAUAAAAUACAAUUACAUUCCCAGUGCUUUUAAUAAUAUCGACUGGACCUUUUUUAAGGAUUGUACUGUAUGUAGCAAUAUUUUGUAUUUUUUUUUUAGUCUUUUUUUGUUAAUUGAUUUGAGUGUUUCAGGUCUAUGAUGUAUCCUGUCCUGUUAUUUUAACAGUUGUGUUAUAGCUCAAAAUCUAUACCUGUCUCUAUUUUUACGUAUAGAAUAAACAGUGACAGAUAACUUAACGUUGCUGGUAAAAUAAAUGAAAAUGAUACAUCAUAUCAUAGGAUGCUGUGGCAUAGGCCUGAUUGAGAUUAUGUGUUUGUCAUUUUGGUAUUGUUUUUUUUUUGUAUUCCCAUAGAUAAAUAGUUGUUUUAUAAACCAUUUUUUUUUAAUAUUUAUUAUCAAUUUAUUAUUUUUAUUAUGUUUUACUUUUUAAGAUUUACUUUUUAUAUUAACUCAAUUUGAAAUUAUACUUUUCCCCACAAA